AUGAGUGAGGAGCUGGAGUAUCAGUUAACUAACCUCCGCGUGGUCACUCGCUCACUCGAGAACUUUAAGAAAACCGGUCGUUUAAAUUAUACGCCGGCCAAAAUCCGAGCCAGAAUCGCGUCCCUCAAGGAAGAGCGGAAGGGCAUCGCUUAUUUCGAAGAGGAUCAGAUCGAAGCACAUCAGGAAGUGUACCAAACAUCGUUGGACUUCAUGACAGAAUGGCUGGAGAAGAUGGAGCCCUGCAUGAGUCCUAACCGAUCAGCCGCGGAUCUCUCUCUGAGUCGGGCGGAGACGUCGUCUCUUUCUCUGCAGCAUCUCCCGCCGAUUCAAUUACCUCCAUUUUCCGGAAAAUUUACCGAGUGGGAGAGCUUUCGCGAUCGCUUUUACGCUUUAAUAAUAGAUAAUAAAGAUUUGUCCGAUUAUUCACGCAUGCAUUUCUUAGCGUCAAGUCUCACGGACUCAGCGCGUGAUGUGAUAGCCGGGAUUCCGAUUACAACAAAUAACUUCUCGGUAGCAUGGAAGGCUCUCUUAACUCGAUUCGAAAAUAAGCGAAGGCUUAUCGAGGUUCACGUCGCGACAUUACAUAAUUUGACUCCAAUCACGCGGGAAUCAGCAGUCGAAUUACACGCCCUCCGCGACAAGGCGGAGAAGGCUUUUUCUGCUCUGAAGUGCCUCAAUCGUUCGCCGGAGGAAAUGUUAAGCAAUAUAUUAGUGUAUUUCGUCGUUCAAAAAUUAGAUCCAUCAACCCGUCGGGCAUGGAAAAUCAAAGGCAGUACGGAAUCCGCUCCGCUCAGCUUUGAAGAUUUAAUUAAAUUUACCUCGUAUCGCGCUCUAGCGCUUGAAGAAUUAACACCAUUGACAGAAAAACCAAACCGGAAUAGUCCGAUUCAACGACGCGAAAUUGUCGAACGUUUGAAACGAUGCUUUAAUUGCCUAAGCCAAAAGCAUUCAGUUAAUGAAUGUCAUAGUAAGUAUUCAUGUCGUCUCUGCCAACAAAGACAUCAUUCGUCAUUGCAUCUUGAAUCGCCCUCUGCAUGUAAUCUCGUCAAUGGGUCGGCGGCCGCGCCUGCCUCCGCCAGCGCUAAUAGUGCGAUCGCGCAGUCCGACCAUACGGUCUGCGAUGAUGUCCCGUCGACACCUUCGCAAGCCGUCGCGAUGUCUUCCGUUUCAUUACGCGGGAUUCCGGUUCCGGUAUUACUCGCUACGGCGAAAAUAAUUGUGGAAUCCAAACACCGACGCCAACUAACCGUCAGAGCCUUAAUAGAUCAGGGCUCAGAGGUCACGUUCAUUACUGAACGACUAGCUCAAACUUUGCGCCUUAAUCGAAUGCGAACAUUCACAACCAUAUCGGCGGUCGACUGUUCAGACGCGGGUCUUUGCCGAUAUGCUGCUUCCGUCAAAAUAGUAUCUCGCUAUUCAGCGGAGACAACGUUUACUACCGUCGCAUUUAUUCUCAAAUCUUUUACGAAAUACCAUCCUCGUUGCUCGCAAGGUGUUGACAACUGGCAAUAUUUAUCCGGUCUCAACUUAGCGGACGAUGACCCCACAGGGGCCGCUCCGAUUGACGUUAUCAUUGGCGCUGACUUAUAUAGUCAAAUUAUUUCAGACGGUGUUCGUAAGGGCCCCAUCGGGUUUCCGGUCGCUCAAAACUCCCACCUCGGUUGGCUUAUUUCCGGUCCGACACUUUCUCCGACAUCGGAUGCACAAGCUAUUAAUGUUUUACAUUGCGCACUGGAGCGAGAAUUAAUGCGAUUUUGGGAAAUUGAAGAUGUUCCUCUGCGUAAGUUCUUAUCCCCAGCCGAACAACGAUGCGAGGAGCACUUUGUCACCACUCAUUCGCGCGACGUCACCGGAAAAUAUAUAGUGCGUCUCCCGUUCAAAACCGAAGAGUCGCCGGAUGUCGGAGAAUCGCGCCCUGUUGCCAUGAGAUCACUUUUAGCCCUCAAUCGUCGACUCCAGUCGAAUAACGAGCUCAAAAUGGAAUACUCGGCAUUCCUUCGUGAGUACGAGACCCUCGGUCACAUGAAGAAAAUUUCGCCUCCGACGGGAUUACCAAAACGAUUCAUAUAUAUUCCGCAUCACCCAGUAGUGCGAGAUUUCAGCUCAACAACUCGAGUCCGCGUCGUCUUUAACGCGUCAAGCUUGACGGCUCAUCUUUGA